UCAUGGCGGCGAUGGGAAGGUGUCCUGGGUGGGUCUGUAGUGAUUUGACGAUAUGAUUCCAGGAACGCCGUCAUAACAGCCCAAAUUAAUGAUUGACUAAUUUACCAAAUUGAUGAAGUAUUUCAUUUUGAAAUGGAAAUAGACGAGGACCACGUGAAAACACUUUUGGCGAUGGGAUUCCCCAGCGUGGAAGAUGUGCGUAAAGCUCUCCGCUUGGGAAAGAACGAUUUAAAUGAAGCCGUGGCUAUUUUGACAAACGAGCACCCAAGUUCAUCGUAUGAUACUGUGGACGAAUUGGACGUGGAAAUGAAAGACGUUCAUUAUCAGCCGAGCUCGGUGACAAUUCAGUUGCCAGUGUACGGACCGUCCCUUCCGCCAAGUUACGACGAGGCUGUGGAGACCGAGGUGGUUGAAGAAUCCAGCGAGAAAACAGACGCCAUGACAACCAGUGGGGGAGCAGACGACAGUAAUUCUCUGGAAUUUCCUGUCACAAAUUUGUAUGAGCUGGAAGGCCGUGUGUUUACAGAGCACUGGUCUAUACCUUAUAAAAGAGAAGAAUCACUCGGGAAAUGUUUGCUGUCAGCUACCAGACUAGCAGAUGCAGGUUUAGCUGAUUCAGAUGAGAACUGUAAACGGUUUAUGGAGAGAUGUAUGCCAGAGGCUUUCCAAAAGUUGCUGGCCUCGUCUGCUGUUCAUAAAUGGGGCACAGAAAUCCAGGAGGGUAUCUAUAACAUGUUACAGCUGUUGGUGGACCUGGUGGUGGCCAGACUACAGCACAGCCCUGCACCUGUGGAUCUCCUAGAUGUCCUCGCACUGGCCUUGACUCCCGACACAGAGUUCCACUACAAGAACAAGAUGCGUCGACCUGACCGAGUGGCCAAGGAUGACGGUGAUGGAGAUAAAUUGCAGUCUAAUAAUUAUGCAGCUAGUCCUCCCUCAGGCACCUAUAAGGACCCAUAUGGCUGGUUGUCGAACCUUAUCAAUAGGUUUGGUCAGAAAGGAGGGUUUACUUUAGUCCAGAAAUUCCUGGAAACUGAGAAUCUGGAUGCACCAGCCAUGGCAGCUUUACUGCGUCCGUUUGGAGUGUCUGCUGAGUACUUAAACUUCUCUGUUGUGGAGAAACUGCUGACUCCUGGAAUGGAGAGAGCGAUCAAGUAUGUGCAGAGUCUGGAGGAGAAGGACUUCAAAGAGAAGAAAGUGGGCAGCGUGAGCGACCUCCUGGCCUCUAUGAAGCUCCUAUGUCUGAAUAUGCUACCAAAUGAUGUGGACUCGAUAGAUGAGCUACGGCUGAACAUCGCCCUGCGCAUGCUCAAGUCCCCCCACUUCAAUGCUAAAAUGAACUCUCUGAAAGAGGUGACAAAGUUGAUAGAGGACAGCACCGGCAGUAAAGUCCCCAAGACAGCCAUCGGAAUGGAGAAAAUCUUGGAGUGGCUUGUGGACAACCGGCUGUUAUCCAUAGCCCUGGAGGGUAACAUAGACCAGGCCCAGUACUGUGAUAAAAUAAAGGGCAUAGUGGACUUCCUUGGGGCAAAGCUGUCUCUGGAUGAACUCACCAUGAUCUGGAAGAUGCAGAAUGGCCAGACAAACAAUGUGAUAGACAACAUACACUCAAUAGUGGCCGCUGCAGCGGUUAAGUUUGAUGCUCAGCAGUUAGAACACCUUUUUCUUCUCAUACAAAAGAAUUGGCAGGAAGAUAACGAUCGUAUGAGGGAGAAGCUGCUGGCUUUAAUCGGGAAGAUUGGGCGCGACGCUCGUGUCUCAAAGACAACCACCAGAGUAUUGGAGUUACUGUGGGACCUGUCACAUCUACCUGUCCUCUCUACACACCUGAUGGAGCAGGCCCUGGAUGAACACCUGGCCAUCCUCAGUGACUCCUACAUUGUCAAGGAGCAGGUGAAGCGCCAGUAUGUUGUCAAGUGUGUGGAAGACAUCAAAAAGGGUGUCUGGGUAUUACCAGCUAUCAAACAGAUGCUGCACAUCAGCAAGAACAUCCUCAAACAGACAUUCCCCAAAACUGACAAGGGAAUUUUACAUGAAUUAAACAAAAACUUUGAUUUGAUCAAAUUGAUCACAAACAGUUUGGUGAAGUGUCACAAGACAGCAACGACAGCUCAGCCAGGGAAGCUGAUCUCCCCAGAGACUAUCGUGGACAGUAGAUACACCCAUGCUGAUUAUGUGUCAACACACCUGACAUUCCUACAGUAUGUACUACAGGAGGGGGUGCUUUAUCUGCCGUCUAACCGCGCUCGUGAUAUCUGGGGGGUUCUCGUGGCCAAUCAGGACGCCUGUGACUGGGACAGGGAGACGUGUUACGAGUGGUUCAGUAAGGGCUUGGCAGACCUAGAACCUGAAACUCAGAGUCAACUCUUCCAGAAGGAGCUGUUAAAACAAGACCCCGCCAAGCUUAGCCAGCAGGGUUUCACCUGUUUUAAGAGUUUCUUUGAAAGCGUCAACUUGUAUGACCACAAGCUGAAGAAAUCUGCCAACGUUCUGGUGGUGGAGAAGGCGGAGCUAUGCGGCCUCGAGUACCUAUGGGAGGUGUGUCUGAACACGUCUGACGAGACGAUAGCUGAGCUUGCCAUCACCCUCCUACUCAACAUGUCCUACUCCGGCCUCGCCCCACGCCUGAAGAAAGACCCCCCAGUUCUCCACAAAAAGUUUAUAAAUGAGUGCUACAACAGACUUGAGUCUGCGCUGUUCAGUUUGGGUGGGUCAACUUUUGCCAAAAUUAUCACCUUGGCAACCAAAACCUUAACAGCAGCAACAGUGCCAGAAGUGGCUUGUGUUCCAUCUCCAUCAAGGUCAGCCAAGCUGCUGAACAUUGAGCGAUUACUGUGGAUUGCUGAGGGCUAUGUGUUAAGUGUCGAGGGCACUCACAUCACCCCCAGGACAAUCCUCCCCCACGGGGCAUCCUUCCACGGCCACCCCACGUCCUUCCUGAUCAGCUGUGAGUCCACCAAGCAGGAGUACACGCUGCAGUGUCACAGUAAUGAGACGUUAGGUUCUCUACGGCAGAAGGUGGCCAAGAAACUCAAGCAGUCACCAGAUAAUAUCCAAGUGGUGGCCGGAGAAAAAAUGCUACCCGCGGGUAAGGAUCAGAAGCUGUUACAUCAGCUGGAGCUGGAGGACAAUCAGAUGAUCCUAGUGAGAAUCUUCUCUCCGAGUACGACCAGUACAGUACAGAACAGCCAGAACAAGGAGCCUCCGUCGACGCCUACAGCAAAACAGUCUUUUGAUCUUGAGCAGGAGAAGAUGCUACCAGGCGUGGUGAUGGCUGCAGGAGGACAAGUGUUUGAGAUGCUCUAUCAGCUGGCAGAUCUGGAGGAGCCCAGAAUACGACGGCGUGUCCGGAAGCUGCUGAUGCUGAUCCCAACAGACCCGGCCAUCACAGAUGCUCUGGACUCCAUUAGUCAGAGGACCUUGAAGCAAUCUCCGUCCACCGAUGAUGUUAGUCCUCGCUCCAGCCCUAAGAAGACCACUCUGAGCCCCACCCCCAGCCCUGCACCCAGCUCUAAAUGCCCCAAGGACACGCUCAAGUCUCUGUUUGAUGCCAAUGCACCGGAUAUGUCAACCUUCAGAGUACUGUACAACCUGGAGGUACUGAGUAACAAGCUAAUGCCAACGAGCUAUGACCUGGGUGUACAGCACAGUGCCCAGUCCUUCUGUGAGGACUUCUUGAAUGCCGGGGGCCUGAGUCUGGUGGUUAGUGUGUUACAGAAGGACUCAAUCCCCAUGGAGGUGGAUUAUCAGACCAGGCAGGGCUGCUACUCGAUCUGUCUGCAGCUGGCUAGAUUUUUGCUGUGUGGUGAGACGGUAACUGGUGAGGACCAGUCCAACUAUGCGACCAAUGAGCAGAGGUGUGAAGAGACGGGGAUAGUGUCCACAAUGACCCGGCGGGCGUCGGCUGCCAGUGGUCACCUGCCUCUGAUAGAUGUCAGUCUGUCUGCAGGCAGCAGGGCUAUACAGACGAUGGGAGUCCACGACUUCACAGAGACAGUGUCAUGUUUCAUGAGAGUCACCUGGGCUGCGGCAGCGGGACGACUCCACCUGGUAGGCUGUAAUCAACCGAUCAGAGAGAGCAGUGGCUGGUACACGGGAGGACGACGCAGCAGACAAAGUAGUACAGGGAGCACUGGGAGUACUAGCAGUGAGGGGGAGGGGCAAACUCUGCACUCUGGGGUCUGUGUCCAGCAGCAGACAAUCUCCACCACAGACACAAACAUAGCACGGGAGGCCCUGGAGCUGCUGGUGGCCUGUCUACGACUCCGAAGUCAGCUUAUAUCUUCCUUCUACUCUCUGCCGUGCGUGGCUGACUUCAUCAUCGACAUCCUGGUUGGCUGUGUACAGGACAGUAUACGCACAGCCGCACUAGAACAGUUCAUGCUGCUCAGCCAGACAGAUAACUCAGGGACAGAUAACCAUGUACAGACUCCACAACAGUUCCUUCUACAGGUCAUCCUCAAGGCUUACCUCCCCUUCUGGGUGACAUCAUCAACCACCAGGGGUGCUAGUCAAAGCAGACUUUUACGCCAUUGUUCCCAGUAUUUUGAACUACGCUGUCGUCUACUGGACCGGCUUUCAAUCAUGGAUCAGGAGAAGUUGCAGAUAGACUGUAACAGCAUGCUUGAGGAUGAACUAGCCUGGCUGGGGAAUUUUGUCCCAUCUGAGAACUGUGAAGUGAAGGAGACAGACAACAUCUUACUGGCUGGUCACCUCAAGCUGCUGCGCACACUCUUCACCUGUGAUAAUGUCUCUAAAGAGGAACAUGGUAAAUCUCUGGUGGGUGACCUGCUCCAUGACUUCCUCUUCCCAGCAUCAAAGCUGAUCACCAGCAGUAACGUGGACAAGUCCACCAGUGACACCUCACUCACAGACGUCAAUCCUAAGUGUAGUAAUGGUGUAUCAAGGACGGCUGCGUAUGAACUGCUGACAGAGCUGGCCAGUGGCUCCCAGGAGAACCUGACAUUCAUUUGUCAGGAGCUGAUAUCUAUGCAUCACCUGUUCAACCCAGACUCAGCUAACGAGUGGGAGUACAUGCCACCUGUGGAUGGACGAGCAGACUGUGGGUUUGUGGGCCUGAAGAAUGCCGGUGCCACGUGUUACAUGAACUCUGUCAUCCAGCAGCUAUUCAUGACCCCAGGGAUCCCUGACACGGUGCUGGGGGUGGAUGAGGAAAACCCUGAUGAGGACAGUGUGUUUUACCAGAUCCAGCAGAUGUAUGGUCACCUGUUGGAGAGUAAGCUCCAGUACCAUGUCCCUGAGCGAUUCUGGAAGGUGUUUAAACUCUGGGGGCAGACUAUCAAUGUGCGGGAACAGCAGGAUGCUUUUGACUUCUUCCAGGCUCUCAUUGAUCAAGUUGACGAGCAUCUCAAGAAACUUGGAAAGGAGAAAGUCUUUAUGAAAAAAUUUCAGGGAAUUUUCUCUGAUCAGAAAAUCUGUAAGGAUUGUCCACACAGGUACGAGAGAGAGGAGGCUUUCUUUGCGCUGAACCUGACGGUGAAGAAUGCUACCUUGCAGGACUCCCUCGACCAGUUUGUGAAGGGGGAGCUUCUAGAGGGGGACAACGCUUAUUUCUGUGAGAAGUGUGGAGAAAAGAGAAACACAAUAAAGAGGAUGUGUAUUAAGACGUUGCCACCGGUGCUCUGUAUCCAGCUGAAGAGGUUUGGGUAUGACUGGGAAUCCAACAGGGCUCUAAAGUUUGACGACUACUUUAAGUUUCCGUGGACGCUGGACAUGGAGCCUUACACCACAGAAGGAAUGGCAUUAAGGGAGAACUCUAGUCCAUGUGGGAGCAGCAGUGGUUAUGACACGGACAACACAGACAGAACAGAUGGAGAGCUGCAAACAGCGGAGAUAACUUCAGAGGAUCCCAAACCAUACCAGCCCAUAAACUAUGAGCUGGUGGGCAUUGUUGUACACAACGGGCAAGCUAAUGCUGGUCACUACUAUUCCUUCAUAAAAGACAGGAGGGGCACAGUGCUAACCAACAAUCAGAGAGGAAAGUGGUUUAAAUUCAAUGAUAACAUUGUGGAGGAGUUUGAGAUGAGCGAAACAACUCUGGAGGCAGAGUGCUUUGGGGGAACAUAUAAAGCCAAGAUCUACGACCAGUCGAGUUCUUACCCAGAAGACAGAUUGAGGUACUGGAACGGUUACAUGUUGUUCUAUGAGAAGCUGGAGGAGCCACAAACUCCGGUGUCAGCCAAAAAGAGUAAAAUAACAGCUCCAAGGAGAGCCUUCCCAACUGGCGGCAGUAAAGCCCAGAUGGACUCUGACAGUCUUGUUGAGCUGACAGAACUCGUCCAUAAGGGAGAGAAGCGUGGCAUUUUCACGGAGAAAAUGCCCGCUCAUAUUCAACAGGUCAUCCGCUCUGAGAAUUUGACCUUCAUUAGAAACAGAGAUGUAUACAGUCAAGAUUAUUUCAAUUUUGUCCGAAAUCUGGUUGACAAGAAUUCAUUCCACACCAGUCACCCACAAUACUCCUCCAUGUGUGUCCAGUCUGUACAGCUAGGCAUCCGAUUUCUCUUCAACACUUACCUGAGAACAAAGAAGAAACUAAGGUGUGACAUGAAUGAGUGGGUGGCUAUCAUUGAGUCGCUGGUUAGUCGCUCUAAGGAAGCGUGUAUGUGGCUGGUGGAAUACCUGGCCAAUGAAGAGGGCUCCACCUACAUCAGGCCAUUUUUGUUGGAAUGUCCACAAAAAGAUGUGAGGGUCACGUUUGCCAAGUUACUGGAGAGGUUGAUGUGUAGUUUUUUCCAACAUGGCGGAGUCACAACACACAAGAGCUAUGAUGAAAUCUUAGAAGUUAUGCUACAGAUGUUAAACAAAGAUGUGCCGGAAAAUGUAAAAAAUUGUGUUCAGUACUUCCUCGUCCUAAAGUGCUAUGUUCAGAUGGGAACGAAAGCAUGUGCUCACAUGUUUGGUCGAAGUGGUUUCAAGAGGCUGAUGACAUUUUUAUUAGGAAAUAUGAUGGUCAGUUCUGAGCAGCAGAUAGAGCAGUCAGUCACAGAAUCAUUACCACGUCGCUGGACGUCUCUGCAGUCACGGGACUUUGGUCAUCUCCACACCUGCUUGGCCACGCUGAUACUGAACUGUGAGGUGGCCAGCUACAGGACUGUGGAGCCUGGGAAGUUUCCUGUUCGUAGGCCCUUGCUGGUCACCCCUCACAUCUACCUGAAGAUGUCUCAGGACAUGGUGGAUUAUGUGUUUGGUAAAGAUUCUCACAGGUAUAUCAAAGAGGUCAUCACUGCAGUACGGGAGAUAAGUGGGAACACCCUGUCUAUAUUUGACAUGCUGGUAUACUGCAGCUUCUGUAAUGAGACUUUCAGCUGCUCUGUCCUCAAACAAGUUGCAUUACAAUACACACAUUCUCCUUCAAAUGAACUCAAGACUAUUUUCAAUCUACUCAUGGAGUUGCUGACCCUUGAAGAUGAGUUACAGCUUAAAAGAAUCCAGUGGAUCAUAGAUGGCCAUGUUGAUUCAGCAUCAUCCACUUCAUAUGAAGGGCUACUAACUGUGAUCCGAACCAACCAUGUAACGGACAGCCGGCGAUCGUACCAGUGUAUAAAGUUCCUGGUGAGCCUGGCUAACAAAUGUGCCCUGGCCAAAGACUACCUCAUGCAAACCCCUAACAAGUGGCAGUGGGCCGUCAACUGGCUGAAGAAAAAGAUGACGGAGUACUACUGGAAUCCCCCGACAGCCGUAACAUCUAAUGAGGACUCCAACCGCAAAUCCUUCCAGAGGACUGUCAGCGCACAGGACACCCUGGCUGAGGCUACAGCCUUGCUGACAGAACUGGAAGCUCACGACAUGGCCAGUGCUGAGAUGGACACUGCUGAGGGGGACAACAUUGAGGCUGGGGACGAUGAAGGCCUGACCAUGGGGAAGAUUCACAGCUCCGGGGGGAACAGUUCUGAUAAUGGUGGUCGGGAGACGUCACCUAGGUGACAGGACUCCGCCCUUCUGCCUGCUUGUAUAUAAUGUACAUACAAGAGUCCUUCAAUGUUUUUCACUCAGGUCAGGAUGGAUAACUCUGCAUGUGUAGGUACAUGUAGUGACAGGUAACUGUGAAGAACAGGGAAUGGCAACACUGAAGAACACAGUGGGGUAAUUUUGACGAACAUAGCAGAGCAACAUUGAAGAACACCUCUUGGCAACAUGGAAGAAUAUGGCAACGUUGAAGAACACAACAUGUAAACUGGGAUGUAAGAGUCUGGAUUGUUCCCUCAGCAUUUGGGGUUCAUACCGUUCACUAGACACAUUUUUGUCUUAUAGGUUCACCAUGUAAUUGCAGAAGCAAUGUUCCCACAAUAACGCUGUAUAUUGUAUGUAUGUCACUCAUCUGCCUGAUAACCUAUGGCAGCUAUUGACAUAUCAAUCAACAGUUGUCAGUCUCUGGGUAUUGUACAUCAGUAUCUUGAUGGAGGUAGUCCACCCUCCAUACAGUGGUUGGUGUGCUGUCGGCGUCCCGGCCAACACGACCCUGUGCAGGGGUAGUCCAGCUGAGACGACCUUUGUGCCUGAGGAGCUUUGAGUAAUGAGUUUCAGGAUAAAACGGCCUGUCAUAAGAGCUAACAAAACCAUUCUUUAACCAAGACCUUCACAAAUUGCCUGAUUAACAGUGGUGGCAAAAUAAUGACGUUAGCAAACUGAUAAAAGUUUUCCAAUAGGCUGUGUUAAUUGUUAUGAUUGAGCGUGGUAUUACAUGUAGGUCGUAUUUUGUGUGUGUGCAUAACAAAUUGUACAGUAUACUGCCUGUGACCAAGCCCAUUGUACCAAGAGAUAUCCAAUACCUGUAGGACGAGCUAAGCGAAGAAGUGCCAUCUAUGAUUACAGGUAUAGAUCAGAGACAGGUGCAGUGGGAUUGUUAACAAAUAAUAGUAGAUAAUCUGCAUGUUACCUGCUCUGGCUUGGCUCCUAAUUAUUGUUCGAACAACUUGUGCAGACUGUGACAGCAUACAUGUCUCCAGUCAACACGGUCUAUAUGGGAACAGUCAGUUUUACACUUAAAAUCAACAGCCAAACACAAAAGAGCAUAUUUUUUUGUGCAGCAAAAUGUUAUUGUUGUGAGACUGAAGGCUAAGUGAACCCAUUAAUAUGUAGAUAUCUACAUAUUUGUAACUUAUUACAAGUAUGGUGUAGAGUUCAUAUUGCAGGGAAAUCUCCCUGAUCACUACCCUGUUCCCACUUGUAGAGCACCUCUACAAGUGGAAAGUCCUCAUACCUCUUUUUUUUUUUUUACUCUUACCUCUGACAUGUUAACACAUGUGGAGGAAAAAUGUCAUUGGCCAGAUAUGUCAGCAUCAAAACUUCACAAGGUAUGUUUGUUUGUUUGUUUUUUUAAUUUAGACUGAACGUCAUGAUCAGUUUGUGGCUGACAGUACAUCACAUGGAGUCUCAGAAGUAGACACAUUACGUGAAUGUAAAAUGCUGUAAUGGACACAAAUAUACACAAACAGGAAGGUUUUGUUUGUGAAGUUUUAGUGCCUGUUGAACUUUGCAUUCUGGAGAGAAGGCAUCAGUCAGGUGAUGAUACUUCAGGCACUUCAAACUUACCAAAAACGUCUGAGUUAAUUAACAUACAGUACUGAUGGAGAGGCAAAUACGUAAGGCAGUUUAACAUUUUGAUGCAAACAAUGGCAGUGUGUCAUUGAGACUGUUCAAAAGGAGAAAGCGAGCUGGAUAAGACGUGGAAAAUCAUUUCUUCUCAGCACAGAUUUUUUGUCAUUAACAAAUGGCUGCAAAUCUUGUCUGUUUGUCAUGUUUUUAUCACUGGUACAUGCUCAAAUCAACAAGUAAUGUAAAUAUUGCAGGAAUCUUAAAGUUUGCAGAAAACUGUUUUUGAGCAUAUUUAGCUUAGAACAGCAUCUCUGCUUGCAGAACUUCUUUUUCAGUUCCCUUUUUUUAAUUUGUCCCAGAACCACAUGUAUGAAAAAAAACAGUUACGCAAACCUAAAUAGUUACUGUGCUCAAGCGUAACGUAUGCAACACAACAACUCAAAGUUACGGAAAUUAUGAGCGAGUAGGUCACGACGUAAGCAUCCAUAGUUACUUCCACCAGUCCUAAUUAUGACUCCAGCUUUGAAACAAGCAUGUGGAUAUGCCUGCUAUGGACUGAUUUUAUACCUUUCUUUUCUCUCUCUGAAAAUGAAGGAAGUUGAGACCUCUCCAGUUUUAUGUGAAAGUGCCAUAAUAUAUUAAUGGGAAGCGAGGCCACUGCUUGGGGUGGAUUUCAGAGAAAUUCGUAAUGCCAUAUUUUUCGGCUUAAUGAAGUCCUGCUAAGAGUGGAUGGAACAGCCACCAGCGAGUGCGGUUUCUGCUGUGCGGUGUAUUACCCAUCACUCAUGCCACAGUUAUGUCACGGAGUCCGAUGUCUGUACAUCAGGUUUGUUUUAACCUAGAUAAAGUCCAUUUCAUUUGUAAAGCUUUCAUUGUGGACUGGGUUGUGGAAAACCUGGAAAACAGGGACAGUGACGGUGUUCAGUUUGUUCACAGGCAGAUUGGUUGUUUUAUCGUGUCAGUAAUGACAUUUGUGUUUUAUGUCGCAAGACCCGAGUUCUCUUCUAAUUAAAUGGGAUCUUUGAAAAGUGUUGCUGUGAUCUGUGAAACACCAACAUUGGAUGUAAGAAAUUUGUUAUUAAUCAAAUGAGGCCACUGUGAUUCCAUUCCUAACCAAUAAUGUUCAGUCAUUUUAUAGAUAACAUUUUAUAAUACAGAAUUAUUAUUUUUGUUUUAAAGUUACUUUCUGAUUUACUAUGUGGUGCCGUGUAAGCCCCCAAUAUUACUGUGGAUCCUUUCAAUGCAGUGUCACACCAAGCCAAUCCACUUUUUACACACAUUUGUACAUGUCUGAGAAUGAACUAAUCUCGUGAAUGAU